AUGGGCGCGAGGGGUGAUGGGCGCAAGGGGGGAUGGGCGCAAGAGGGGAAGGGCAAAGGAGUGGGAAUGGGGCAAGAGCGGGUGCUAACGGUCAUGCUGUGCUGGUUGGCAGGCCAGGCGACACGUGCCAGUGCUGCUGCAAUGUCCGCGUAUGGCGAGAGGGACAGCGGCCUUGAGAUUGCCAGUGUCUUGCCCAGGCCCUCUGGUGGUGAGGGAGCAGUGGCGGCAGUGGUGGCCGGCCGCGGCGGAGGCCAUGAGGAAGGGCGAGGAGAGGCGAGGAGGGGCGAGGAGGGGCGAGGAGGGGCGAGGAGGGGAGGGGAGGGGCGAGGAGGGGAGGGGAGGGGCGAGGAGGGGAGGGGAGGGGCGAGGAGGGGAGGGGAGGGGCGAGGAGGGGAGGGGAGGGGAGGAGGGGCGAAGAGGGAGGGUCGAGGAGGGGAGGGGAGGGAGGGGAGGGGCGAGGAGGGAGGGUCGAGGAGGGGAGGGGAGGGAGGGGAGGGGCGAGGAGGGUGUGCUCACGCGUAG